ACUACACAACUGCUACAGGCUACACAGCCUCAGCUGCUGUUGACUACACAUCCUCAACUGCUACAGGCUAUGCAUCCCCAGCAGCUGUGGACUACACAUCCCCACCUGCUACUGGCUACUCUGAUUCCACAAGUAGCUAUGCAUCUUAUCAGUACAGCCAGGAUACUGCAAAAAUCAACAAUUUUGCAUAUACUUCAGAGCCAACUGAUACAACCUCAGAAGCAUUCUCCACAGCCCAUUAUGUUAGCACAGCACCCCAAAGUGAAACACCUAUACAGCCAGCUUCAAGCUUUGAUUCAUACCAGUAUCAGUCGAUGGUCCUGCACAAUUUAAUAAAGGAUUGGACAGUACUACGGGAUACACUCCAGGGAAUUACAAUAAUGAUAGAACAGGUCCAAGGAAACUACGGUAAAAAAAAUUACAGCAGUGGCCAAACUGAACCAAAGAACGUUGGUGUCACAUCCUAUAGUUCAGAUUAUUAUAGCAGCAGUCGAGGAAGAGGUACCGAGCACAGUAAUUUCCAAGGAGGGGAUAAGGAUAGUUUUCGAAGAGUGGUUAGCAAUAGCUUUUCUGCAGCUCAGGAAACCACAGCUCCUCCAACCCAGACAGCAACACCAGAGAGAGGCUAUAAUAGUCAGAGGGGUGGUGGAUCCUUUUCAAACAACCAUGGUUCAUAUCGGGGUGGCGUCGGUAGUUUGUCAACUAGGGGAUCUUCCUUUUCAAAAAGGGGAUCCUUCUCUUCAGAUAGAGGCUCUUCCUUUUCUGCUGGAACAUCUGCCUUUUCAAAUAGGGAAACAUUCUCUUCAGACAGAGGAACUUCCUUUUCGGCUAGGGGAUCUUCUUCAGAUAGAGGAACUUCUUUUUCAGCUAGGGGAGCUUCCACUUCAGAUAGAGGAACUUCUUUUUCAGCUAGGGGAGCUUCCACUUCAGAUAGAGGAACUUCUUUUUCAGCUAGGGGAACUUCCUAUUCAGAUAGAGGAUCUUCCUUUUCUGUUAGGGGAUCUUCCUUUUCACCUAGGGGAGCUUCCACUUCAGAUAGAGGAUCUAAAUUUUCUGCUAGGGGUUCAUCCUUUUCAUCUAGGGGAGCUUCCUCUUCAGAUAGAGGAUCUUCAUUUUCAGCUAGGGAUUUAUCCUUUUCUGCUAGAGGAUCUUCCUUUUCUGCUAACCGUGAUGAUCAACACAGCACAGUUUCCAAACCUUCUGUUGCACCAUUUGAUGCUAGAAAUAAAAUUAAUGAAGCUAGGAGUACAAACUUGGCACAAGGAAAGCCAGCAGUGAACAUACCACCAUCCAGUCAGAAUAAAAUGACACUUCCUGAAUUAAAGCCACAGGAGACUGUUAAAAAAGAAGUGUUAAAGGCAUCUGCAAGGGAGACUGUUAAAAAAGAGGUAUUCAAGGCACCUGCAAGACCUCAAGAUAGGCUGCUUAAUGAAAUAGAGGAAAAAGAAAAGGCCCAGAAAGCAGAAGAGCUGAAAAAAUCUGAAGAGGCUCGGAAGAAAGCCGAAGAGGAGCAGAAGAAAGCUGAAGAAGGACGACUGAAAGCUUUAGCUCAACAGAAAAAACAAGCAGAGGAGGAAUUGAGGAAAAAAGUAGCAGAAGAAGCUGUUAAAGCAGCACCACCAAGUAAACCCCCUCAGACAGCUGAAGAAAUUGCUCAUGAGGAGGAAAUUCAGAGAAAGAUCCGUGAGUCUGUUGUCAUCAUUAGUCCAGAACAAGAGCUUGCUCUGUUGAAAGAUGACCCUAGCAAAGAGGUUGAGAUGCCAGAAGAGCUCCGCAAGCUUUUGAAAACCUUGACGACAGAUUAUCUUUGCAAACUAUGCAGUGUCAGGAUUGCUGGCCCCCAAAUGGGCACCAUGCACUAUAAUGGGAAAAAUCAUCUGAAGAAAUUGCGCAACUUUGUCCAAACCAAUGGGCGUUCUGCCGGUUUCAACUUGGAUACUUUGGAGAAAUCUAAGAAAGAGGAACCAAAAGAAGUGACACCUGGGGAAAAGAAAGCAGAAAUUGUGGAAGUAACGGUCAUUGAUGAGAAACAGUACUGUAAAGUCUGCAAGGUGUCCUUCUCUCAGGCAAGCCAGGCUGAUAUGCACUAUAAAGGGAAGAACCAUGCAAAAAGACUGAAAACUGGUGCGACAGGAAAUAGCCCUGAAGCCUUUGAGUGCAAGAUUUGCUGUGUAACAGUCACAGCCCAAGAGCAUCUAACAGCCCAUCUCAAUGGUUUCCGCCACAAGCAGCAAGUCAGGAAAAUGGAUGCCAAUGAGAAUUACAGAGGUGGCAUGCGAGGCAGAGGAAGAGGGCCUGGAUUUAAUUUCCGUGGAAGAGGAGGUAGAGGAGGCGGAGAAAUUGGUAGUGAGGACUGGAAGCCUCCUCCAUUGGUUAAUGUCAGGGGGAGAGGUGGGUUCAGGGGUCG